AUGCAGCCGCACGACACGGUGCUGCCAGCUGCAGCAGCUCGAGGCGUCUUCGGGGCCGAAGCUCAGAGGGGCUGUGCUGAAGCUCCGCAGUAUGCGCAUCGGCAGGCUGUCUUUAAGGGGCACCCCUCAGCACAAGCCAACCGACAGAAGCGCAUGGAGCUCAAUGAUAUGCUCCGAUCGGAGAGUCGUGUGGAUUUGCUGCGGCGGCUGCGCGAGGAGGCUGAGCGAGAGCUGCUUCUGCAGCAGGAGAUUCUGGAGCAAGAGCCAGAAGACAUUCCGCAGAGACCAUUGUACAGGAAGAAGACUUCCUACCGCAGACGCACUCCCGAUGCACCGACGAAUCCCUCCACGGAGUGUAUGGACAGUAGACCGCUGCAGCAGCUUAUAGCGCAUCCGCAAGCGAUCUACGAGAUACCCCACGAAUUCGAAUCCGGGGAGUUCAUGGUGGCGUUGCGACCAGAGGGGCAGAGCUGUUUGUUGCUGUUGCAGAAUGGUCGAGGUCAUCUGUACGGCAAGACGGGCAGACCCCUCUUUCGGGUGCAGUGCAGCAGCAAGUGGAAAUCCGCAACAAGCGUGUUGGCUGCCUCUGCAUGCACGGCGCCGUGUGGAGUUUCAGGCGCUCUGCUGGAGCCUCACGGCGACCCUUACAGCCUGCCGUUGGGGGUCGACAUGCUGCAAGGCGAGCUGGAAAACGAGCACUACUUCGCAGUGCCCCCCCAGGAGAAGCAGCGGCUGCUGCUGCUGCGAUCGAGGCCCUUCGAUGUGUCGCUGUACGGCUCUGCAGACGCGGAUCGCUGCUCAGCGCAUGCCGCGCUCGCAGCACUGCCGGCAGAGAGCAGCUUUUCUUGGCCGCCCCAGGGGUCGCUGUUUCCUCCAGAAGACGGCCAGAGAGGGAGUCAAAAAUCGCACCAGCGGGAGCAGCAGAGGCAUCUGCCUGUGCUGCACCUCCCCGCAGGGAUGCUGUCAAAGGGCCUAACCCUCCUGGAGUGCAUUCUGUGCCCCUACACCUCAGCGAACAUGCAGCACUUUAGCACGUGCUAUGCCACCGACCAGGAGAAGGCAGCAGCGAAUGCGGCUGCCGCCACCGCUCCAGCCGCAGCGGGGGGUGGCAGUACAGCGGAAUCCCCCCUGUGGAAGGUGCUUUUUGUAGUGGAUGUUCUCUUUCUGGGGGGCCUCAUGCUGGGUCACUGCGAAUUCGAGAUAGAGGAGAAGCCUCACAUGUUCGCUCCCUUGCAGCUACUCCCCUUUGUGGAGGCCUCUUCAUCCCACUUACAGACGCUUGCUGCUGGCCCAUUCGUCUACCCGCCGGACGGCUUUGUGUUUCAACACAAAUUGGCACCCCACACUGGCGGGACACAUCCUUUGGUCCUGUGCUGGAGAGACGAACGCAUCUCGCGCUUUCCCCUCGAUGAGAAAAAUGUCAGACAGUCGGCGGUCGAUACGUUCUUGCUGGUUCACCCCAAUGGAGAAAUCUGCAGCAGCGAAGGUUUCGUUGUCGUCCAAGUAGACCCCCACGAGUUCGGCAUUGCGGGACUGACACAUCCCCCCUGUCGUGCCCGUGAUGCCCUCAUAUACAAACGCAUAUCGUCCCUGCGUGGCCUGUUCCCUUCCUAUUUAGACGCCCCCUCUUCUGUUGCUCCCGUCGCUGCUGGCUGGAAUGACUGGGAAGCAGCGAGCCACACCGCCCGUGCGAGAGUGAUUUGCGGAGCAAGGGCCAGUGAGGUGGCUGAUCUCGACCUUGAGACCAAGCGCUUUCGAUGGGUUGCGAGGGGCGCAGCGCACACUCAGGGCUGCCGUACUCAACGAGAGCGGCUAAUGGAGGUUGACGCGACGUCACUUGACGGAGAGGCCGCGGCGGCAGAACCAGAGAAUACAGGGGGAGUGGCGGAAGGAGAAUUAGCCGCAAAAAUAGUAGCAGCGCUUCCAGAAGAAGCAGCAGCACCGAACCCCAUAGCAGACAGGGCCCAGGGUGACAGCGGCGCCAACCGCCCCCACCACCAACGCGUGCCGAAGGACAAAUGCCCGGAUUCGUUCGCGAAACUGGCAGAUCAGUGGCUUCGCAUGCAGGGGACGCACCCAGUAACGUUCGAGGUGCUUUGCGAAAAGUGCCCGCCUUGA